GGGAGCCAGCUCCCGAGCCCUUGGCAGGAAGGAGAGCGGAGACGGACCCUCGCUCAGAGCCCAGAAGUGGGAAAUGAGAUCCUGACUAAGGAAGGCUGCCCGGAGGCUCAGUGGGUCAUGGAAUAGUCAGGGCUGGAAUCGGGAAGGACUGAAGAAACGGGAGGUACUUACUCACUGUGUGGCCCUGGGCAAGUCCCUUCCCCCCUCCAUGCCUCAGUUUUCCCUUCUGUCAGAUGGGGAUAAUAGCAACCACCACUGUCUACAAUUGUUUUAACAGUUACUAUCAGCAAAGUCCUUCAUGAAUGUUAAAGCAUACAGAAAUGGUGGCUCCUGGGACUUCUUUCAUUAGAAUUCGUUGCUGCCCUUGCUCUUCUGUCCCGAGGAAGGCGCCGUUAGGGUUCGGGUUUGCUCGGCUAGUUUCUUUUUUGUCCGGAUUGGGACGCCAGACUUUGCCAGCCGGGCCCUUCUCAUCAGGAAUUGUUCAGGUUUCGGGGCCCAGACUCACAUUUGCUGUUGUUUUUUUUGAAGCCGAGAUGUCCCGGGAGACGGGAGGCGACUCGCAGCAGUCGCAAAGCGCCUCCCAGUCCCAGUCCCAGAACGCCUCCAGCUCCUCCUCUGCGGCCUCCCACAGUCAGUCCUCCCACUCCAGCUCGGGGACCAUCAGCUCGCUGGACACGGUUCCCACUCAGGACCUGCCUUCCAUUCCCGAGGACCCGGAACCCGAAGAGCCCGAGCCCCAGCCCUGGGGCCGGCUGUGGGCCCUGGAGGACGGGUUCUCUAACCUUGAUUGUGUGGACAAUGACUACUGGUUCGGCAGGGACAGACGGUGCGAGUACAGCUUCGACAAGCCCGGGCUCAAAAAGAGCGACAAGUACCGCACCUACAGCAAGAAGCACUUCCGCAUUUUCCGGGAGAAGGGGCCCAAGAACUCCUACAUUGCCUACAUCGAGGAUCACAGCGGGAACGGGACCUUUGUGAACCGGGAGCUGGUGGGGAAGGAGAGGCGCCUGCCGCUGAGCAACAACUGCGAGAUCGCCCUCUCGGUGCCCACCAACAGAGUUUUUGUGUUUUUUGAUCUGACAGUAGACGAUCAAUCUAUUUAUCCUAGUGAAUUAAGAGAAAAAUACAUCAUGUCAAAAACACUUGGAAGUGGUGCCUGUGGAGAAGUGAAGCUGGCCUUCGAACGGAAAACGUGCAAGAAAGUCGCCGUGAAGAUCAUCAGCAAGAGGAAAUUUUCCAUCUGUGCCACGAGGGAGGCGGAUCCAGCUUUCAAUGUUGAAACAGAAAUUGAGAUUUUAAAGAAAUUAAAUCAUCCUUGCAUCAUCAAGAUUAAGAAUUUUUUUGAUGCCGAAGAUUACUUUAUUGUUUUGGAACUGAUGGAAGGAGGAGAGUUGUUUGAGAGAGUCGUAGGAAAUAAAAGGCUGAACGAAGCUACCUGCAAACUGUAUUUUUAUCAGAUGCUCCUCGCUGUAAAGUACCUUCAUGAAAAUGGCAUCAUACACAGGGAUUUAAAGCCGGAGAACGUGCUUCUGUCAUCUCAGAAAGAGGACUGUCUCAUAAAGAUUACUGAUUUUGGGCAGUCGAAGAUUCUCGGGGAGUCAUCCCUCAUGAGAACCUUAUGCGGCACGCCCACCUACUUGGCUCCAGAGGUGGUCGUUUCCAUGGGAUCCGCCGGCUAUACCCGGGCUGUAGACUGCUGGAGUUUAGGGGUUAUUCUCUUUGUUUGCCUCAGUGGAUAUCCACCGUUCUCGGAGCAUAAGACUCAAGUCCCUUUGAAGGAUCAGAUCAUCAGUGGGAAAUACAAUCUCAUUCCAGAAGUUUGGAAAGCUGUCUCCGACAAAGCUUUGGAUCUCGUUAAGAAGUUGCUGGUAGUGGAUCCAGAGAAACGCUAUACAACUGAAGAAGCCUUGGCGCAUCCGUGGCUUCAGGAUGAAGAGAUGAAAAGCAAAUUCCAUAAUCUGCUUAUGGAAGAAACGAAAUCAUCGAAUCUACCUUUGAGCCCGGCCCAGCUUUCCACAAGCAGGAAGCGUCCCCAUGAAGGGGAAGAAGAGGAUGAAGCUAGCUCUUCCAAACAUUACCUAGCCUCUAGCUAGGAGCAGACAGCACUAUAAAGGAAAAAAGUGAAUUUCAUCACUUGCCUUUGGUUACUCAUUUGGGGAUAAUUUUUUAUUUUUUAUAAAAGGAGUUUUUUUUAAAAUGGAAAAAUUGUUUAAUAAUCACUGAUGUACAAAUAAAAAUUAAUAUAAUCAUG